GCCAACAACACGUUUCGCCUUGGAGAGGGCUCGGCUAGCUGGGCGACGUGUGUGCCUGUGCCUGGUGUAGAGUACCGACUUUUCCUCCGAUCAGUUGUUGGAUCAGUGGCUACUCGGUCUCGGUGGUGUGUCUUGGUGCUCAAGUGUUCGUAUUCAGUGGUACAUAUUUAAUAUAUACAUAUAGAUAUUCAUUUUUAUAUGAAGAAACGACCACUAGAAGAGUGUUUCUCUUUAUUAUUAUUUUUAUUACUCAGUACUCGGAGCAGUACUCAGUCUUUAAUCGCUUGUAAUAUUAACGCAACGCGUUCUUUGUUUAGUGCCGAGUGUUUGUUUAAAUAUCACUCAGUGUCAUUCUGCUGAUGAUGACAACGCUGAUGCCUGUGAUAAUAUCGAUGUUGAUGUUGAUGAUCAUGAUGCUUCCAGUUUAAUAUUUACAAUAAAAUAUAUGAAGUAGAGGACAAGGAUUCGCUGGAAGAAAAAUUGAAUUUAGCAAAAGUAUUGAGAUACCGGGGUGAUAUAAUUGUCGGAGGAGCUGAAGCUCGAUGGAUAAUAACAAAAGAGUAUCCGCCCUUGGUUGGGUUGUGUUGAGUAUCUUGACGUAGGCGCGACAGAUCAAGGAACGCGAAGAAACCGUCCUCGAGGAGUGGUCUCUAGAGAGUGCGGUGACACGUAUCCGCGGGGGAAACCUAUAGUGUACACACGCGACGGCUCGGCAUCGGCAUUGGCACACAGUACACACAACUAAGUAUCACUUCGAGAGAGUGAGAGACAAGUAUCCGAUUAAAGUAGUUGUUGUAAGGAGAAGGUGUGCUGCAAGACCCGGAAACCCGAGCCGAGACCCGAGACCCGAGAGCCGAGACUCGAGAGCCGAGAGCUGGGACAGAGUGGGAGCGCGACACACCAGAACCGAGAACAACCCGAGUCAAGAGGGGAAUAGAAAGGGACAGAUGCAAGACGUCCAGUGUCCGAGGUUCGGAAUCGGAAUAACGUCCUCGUCCUCGUCCUCCUCAUCCUCACCGGGUAAUAUACUCUAGUAAUAACAAGUAGUGCCUUCUUUCUACGACACUUUCAUACCUAACAUUUUUCUUGGCAUAUAUAUGUUGAUAUAUGUGUACAUGUAUGUGUAUGUAAAGAGAGAUAAAUAUAUUUACAGGUAUAGGUAGAGGUGUAUGUGUAUUUAUCAGUGUUUUCUAUAAGCAAAAAAAGAAGAGGUACAACGUCGUAGGUACGUUAGUUGUAUUGCAGCAUUGAGUAUAUAGUUGAGAGAGUCACGAGUUGCGAUAGUAGUACAAGACUGGUGGUGUGUGCUGGUGAUUCGCUGCUGCCGAUCGUCAACAAGCGUUGGCGAACUAUCGAGUUGAGUUUAAAGAGAGUGUAAGGCUGUUGUGUACGUGCGGUGUGUGUAUUUGUGUGCGUUCGUUACGGCGAAACAGGUAAAAUAUAAUAAUAAUAACUAAAAGAAAGAAAGGAAGAAAGAGAAAAAUAAGAAAGAAAAUAACGUGACUACGGUGAGCGGCUGUGAGGGGGGACAAGAUUCUGAUGAGGGUGUCAGCAGAAGCCCGGUAAGAUAGUAUAGAAGAGCACACGAGAGAAGUAAAGUGUAUAGUUGUAGAGAAGAAGAAGAAGAAGAAGAAGAAGAAGAAGAAGAAGAAGAUCAAGAAGAACCAGUGGAACAAGAAGAAGAGUUAGGAGAGACUAAGGAGCACACGAGAAGCCGCGAUUUUCGUUUGAAAUCGCUGAGAAAGAUCAUCGCUGGCGGUGGCGGCAUUGUCCUGCUUGUUUUGCUGUCUCGCGAACGCCAGAAUAAAAAAAAAAGUUUUAAAAAAGGAAAUAAUAAAAAAGGUAGAGGAAGAGAGCGUGAAAGAGAGACAGCGGGAUAAAGCUCGGAUCGUGGAGGCGCGGGUUUGCCAGCAAGAGUGUGAGUGAGAUGCUCGAGGAUCUUUAAGAGGCAGCGGGGAGUCGUGGAGCGACUUGAGCCGAGUCGACCCGAGAAAGAUAUUGCCAAGUGCAAGUGAGAAAGAUACAGCACACAUACCACCGAGGAGGAAAGACGACGGCGACUAGAGAGUGCCGUAAGCCGUAAGGUACGUAUUUACGUACACACGCGUAUAACCGGAGAGCUGAGAGCCGGGAGGAACACGCUUAGCUACCAACACCGCCGCAACGUAAAUUACAUACGCGCCGCUGCUACAUACCCAGUGCCUCGCAAAGUAACUACUACUUUUUGCUACUCUACUAGCUAGCCAGCUCGCUACUCUAUACUCUACACACACAAUACACAAUUUGCUGGACUAAGAAAACGGCUAAGGAUAAAGGAAACGACACACAGAAGUUGCGUUGCUGCUGCUGCUUCUACUGCUGUUACUGCUGCUGCUGCUGCUGUUGUUGUUGUGGCUGUCACUGUUGAUAAGACUCAAGGUGGAGCUUUAAAUACUACUAUUAAGUUUAUUAAAAAUAUAUAAUAUUUAAAAAUGGCGCUUAAUCAGGACGUCGAUCAGUUGUCAAAGGGGAACCUGGUGGUGAGGAUUGACCAAAACUCCGAGUCAGAUCUGCAGGCGCUGUUUGACAGUGUCCUCAAGCCAAACUCGACGAGGCCGCUGCAGGUGCCACUGCGUAUGCGAAAUCUCCCAAACUCGUUCUUCAACCCACCCUCGACCGGCAGCAAGAGCCCGUCGAUAUCCCACUCGAGGGAAAAUUCAGCGGACUCGGCAUUCGGUACAAUAGUUACGACAAACGUGGCCAGUGGUCCCGGUGCGAGUGCCUUAGGAUCGGGAAGCGAGGCCACAGGUGGAGGCGCAGAUGCCGCAGGCACAGGAGCCGCAGGUGCAGCACCCGGACUGACAGUGGCCCAUCCACGGGCCCACAGCAGUCCAGCCUCACUCCAACAAACCUACGCUUCUGCUCAGCAAGCCACUCAACAUACACCACAGCCCCACGCACCGCGGCAUCAUCAUCAUCAGAAACAGCGCAGCUAUGACGUCAUCAGCACUGUCGACGACAUGGGGCCGUUGCCUCACGGAUGGGAGCAGGCACGCACGCCCGAGGGACAAAUUUACUUCCUCAAUCACUUGACCCGGACGACAACAUGGGAAGAUCCACGGAAAACAGCAGCUGCCGUUAGUGUUGCGGCUGUUGCUGCGGCUGUGGAAAGCGGAAAAGCAUCUUCUGCAGCGGCUAAUUCACUGGGACCAUUACCAGAAGGCUGGGAACAGGCGCGGACUCCUGAAGGCGAGAUAUAUUUCAUUAAUCAUCAGAGUCGCACUACUUCGUGGUUCGACCCCAGAAUCCCUUCACAUUUGCAACGAGCUCCGACUACAAAUACGAUGCUGCCGCAAAACUGGCUUCAGCAACCUGGAGCUCCUGGAUUGCAGAACAAUCAGAAUAUUCAAGUGUGCCAACAAAAAUUACGCCUUCAAUCAUUACAAAUGGAACGCGAGCGGUUGAAACAGAGACAGGCCGAAAUUAUGCGACAGCAAGAACUUAAUUUGCUGAGACAAAGUACUACUGACGCAGCAAUGGAUCCAUUUUUAUCGGGUAUAAAUGAGCAGCAUGCCCGCCAGGAAAGCGCUGACUCCGGUCUAGGUCUUGGAUCAGCAUACUCUCUGCCGCACACACCCGAAGAUUUCCUGUCCAACAUCGACGACAAUAUGGACGCCACAAGUGAAGGUGGAGCGCCAAUGGAAACACCCGAUUUAUCGACUCUCAGUGAUAACAUCGACUCAACGGAUGAUCUAGUGCCUUCGCUUCAGCUUGGCGAAGAAUUUACGAGUGACAUCCUGGACGACGUGCAGUCGUUGAUAAAUCCGAGCAGUACGAAACCUGAUAAUGUUCUUACGUGGCUGUAGUACAUUGCUCGAGUAUAAAGUUAAUAUAAAUAUAAAUAUAAAUAAUAAUAUGACAUAAAAAAAAGAAAAAAAAAUGAAUAAUAAUAAUAGUGUACAAUAAAGACGGUCCACAAUAAUUCGAUCACACAACGACAAUGUACGAUCGACAAACUAAACGUCGAGUCAAGUGUUGCGAUAUUUAAUGCCUCCUUCUCAUAAAACAAAUAUCAAGAAAUAAGAUCAGUAUAAAUAAAAAAAAGUAUGUUAUUAUUAAACUAAUAAAGAAUAAUCGCCGUACUGUCGUUGCGGAUUUAAAUCUAAACAAAACGAAGAGAAAAAAAAGUGCCUUAAUUACAAACAUUCGUACAAAUAUGCCUUAUAAAUAAAAAAUAUAUAUCUACGUUUUAAAAUUGUAUAUUUAAAAAAAAAAAAGAAAAAAAAAUUCUCGUUAAUUGUAAAUUUGUUAAUGACGAAAUGAAUUUUACAAGUGUCAUGUGUUGAUAUAAAUAUAUAUAUAUACAUGUCUUUGUUAAAAAAUAUUUGUUCGUUAGAUUGCGAUCGUAUUAAAGAGAUUACUAAUUAUAAGGAGGCGGGAGAUUGGGAAACGGAGACUGUUUUUAUUUCUUUUGUCCGAUUAUUUACUUAUUUAAAAAAAAUAAAACUCAAUUAAAAGAAAGUAAAAAAUGGUCAUGACAAUAAUUAUGUCACGUUUAACGACUUGUAUUAAUAAGUAUUUUUUCUUUAUUAUAUAUUUUUUUUCUGGUAUCAUGACGUAUCGGAUUCACCUGCUCCUUAGUUCAUUAAACUAAAGUCGGUAGACUGACUAAGUGCAAUUAAUUAACUAAAAGUAUCAUGUGCGUAAAUACCGCGUGUCAAUAUUAAUCCGACGUAUAGUUUUAUUAUUAAAUAAUUAUUAAACCUGUCAAGUUACAUAUAUAUAAAAAAAAUAUAUAAUGAAGAUUAAAAUUAGUAAAUAGGCUUAAAUAAUAAUAA